GCCCUUAUCCAUGACACUCAUGGUGCCAGGUACUCCAUCAUGACAACGAACAUAGCGGAGGCGUUCAACAAUGUCCUGAAGGGAGUACGGGGCCUCCCGUUGUGUGCCAUUAUUGAGCUCACAUUCUACAGAACGGCGGACUACUUUCGAGACCGUGGUAAUGCUGCUAUGAAGUGCAGCACACGGUUUUCACCUAAGGUGGAGCAAAUCAUAUCAAGAAGGAGGAGCAAGGCACACUUUCAUCGGUCGAGGAUCUACGACUUGGCCAACAAUGACUUUGAGGUCAUGUGCCGCCGUAGGUAUGCUUCAGGGUAUAGCGCCGGGGACACCGUGCAGCAAUGUCAACUUGGACCUAACGAGGUGAAGUGCACAUGCAAUAAGCCAAAACUGCACCAUAUCCCGUGCUCGCAUGUCUUAGCCGCUUGCAGGGACAUAGGUGGCAAUGACGGAUCACAGUACGUAUCAUCGUACUUCACGAUCGAUGCAUUGAGGAGCACAUGGCUUCCAAAGAUGCGGUCCUUUAACAUCGGAACCAACUACAAAUCGAUCGAGGGCCCUAAGUGGGUACCUUAUCCACGAGCACGACGCACAGAUCCUGGAAGGCCUAGAUCUACGAGGCUGCAAGGUGACAUGGAUGAAGCAGAUGCUGUUGAUGGCCUUCGCAGGUGCAAACUUUGCAAACAACCUGGACAUGACAGGAGGACUUGCCCGACCCGUCAGUAAACUAUCAGCCCACUGUCAAACUGAACUGUCUUAGAGACUUUGUAUUGUAAAAUGUUAUUCACCUGUUAGUUGUACUACUUAUUGUGCAUUAUGUGGUUUGCACU